UUAUUGGUGAUGUUUGGUGCACUGUUUGCAUUGCUGUUUAUUUUGCUGUGCUAUCUGUUAAAACGAUCUGCUGCUCAAGUAAAGAAUCAACGUCUGCCUGGUUUACCACUGAAUGAUAAUGAAGGGAGACAACUUGUGACAGUUGGAUUUUUUCACCCUUAUUGCAAUGCUGGAGGUGGUGGUGAGAGAGUUUUAUGGACAGCUAUUAAAGCUCUUAUGACUAAACAUGCCAAUAUAAGAUGUAUUGUGUAUACAGGAGAUAUUGAUGCUACACCAGAGGAGAUUAUUAAUAAAGCUAGUCAAAGAUUCAACAUUAGACUACCAACUGGCAUCCAUUUUGUUUUUCUGAAUAAGAGAGGAUGGGUGGAAGCCAAUAAAUAUCCAUUCUUCACUUUAUUAGGACAAAGUUUGGGCUCACUAGUGUUGGGUGGUGAGGCCCUUCUCUCAUUCGUUCCUGAUGUUUUUAUCGACAGCAUGGGCUAUGCCUUUACUCUUCCUCUGUUUAGAUAUUUUGGAGAAUGUCGUGUUGGUUGUUAUGUUCAUUAUCCUACCAUUAGUACGGACAUGUUGGAAAAAGUCACUGAAAGGCGGGAAUCUUACAACAAUGCUUCCUUCAUUUCCAAAAGUGUGGUGUUAAGUCAAGCUAAGCUAUUAUAUUAUAAAUUAUUUGCGUAUUUAUAUGGAGUGGCUGGAAAACGUGCAGAUGUGAUUAUGGUAAAUUCAACAUGGACACUAAACCAUAUUAAUUCAUUAUGGAAAGCUGACUUCAAAACAAAUAUUGUCUAUCCUCCAUGUGAUGUUACAGAAUUUGUGACAAUUCCAGCAGACGCGAAAAAUACUUCACAGACUUUGAACAUUAUUUCAGUGGCUCAGUUCAGACCAGAAAAAGAUCAUCCUUUACAAAUUAAAUCGUUUAGUAGCUUUUUAUUGUCGCUUCCUGAACAGGAGAAAUUUAAAUUUAGAUUGAUGCUUGUGGGUAGUUGUCGUAAUGAAGGAGAUUCCAACAGAGUUGAAGAAUUAAAGACUUUAUCAGAUGAACUAGGAAUAAAAGAAAAUGUGGAAUUUCAUCUCAAUGUCAGUUUUACAGAAUUAAAAAGAUUAUUGUCUAUUUCUACUGUUGGGUUACAUACAAUGUGGAAUGAACAUUUUGGAAUAGGUGUGGUAGAGUGCAUGGCAGCAGGUACAAUAAUAUUAGCACACAAUUCAGGUGGACCUAAAUUAGAUAUUGUAACAGAAUAUAACAGUCUGCCAACAGGAUAUUUAGCGAACAGUGAGGAAACAUACUCAGCCAAAAUGGCAGAAAUAUUUGAACUCGGUGACAAACAAAAAUUAAAUAUUAUUGAAAAUGCAAGAGAAUCAGUGAAAAGAUUUUCUGAUGCUAAAUUUGAAGACAACUUUUUACACAAUGUGGAUUCUUUGUUAAAAGUGUAUGAUUAGAAACAUUUGUGGGUAAACAUAGUGUAGAAGAGGAACUUGUUACUGAUUGAAUUACUUACAGGCUUUACCGCUUAAACAAAAAUUAUUUGCAUUAUAAUCUGAAAUGGUAAAAAUUAAAGUUGUGAGAAAAU